AUGAAACAACGAGAGUCUUCAAGAAUAAGGAAUAAAGAAACAAGAGCAAAUGUUCCAGCUAGAACACUCACAUCUUUGGCGAAUCAAAAGAAGUUGUUGCUAGCUAGAAGAAGAAAGGAUCUACUAAUCGAAAAGCGUCAGCGUCUAACAGAUGUAAUAGAAGAACAAGAUGUGCUAGAAUCACACAAUCCAGAGGUAGGAGUUCGUAUACAAGCUGACUCAACUAACAAUGUAGUGCAACCAGUAGAAGAACAACUUCAAUUGAACUCUACUGCUCUUGAAGUAAAUGAACAAUGUGAAGAACAAGACUCUUCCACUAAAAAAAGACAAAGAGGUCAAACAAAGAUGUUAUAUGUACAUGGAAGGCAUGAUCAUAAACUGAUUGUACUGAAUAAAGCUGGUCAGCCAGUUGGUCCUAGUAAUGAUGUUGUGAUAGAAUUGAGCAACUUCCUCGGUACACUUGCUAGGAAUGCGACCCUUUGUCCUCUUGAUAUAGAAAAUUGGAAGUUGUUUGACAUAAAACAUGAUUUGUGGGAUUAUACCAAGGAGAAAUAUGAUAUUCCAGAAAUCGGAAAUAGAUGGACUUUAAAAACAAUUCAAGAAGUUUGGAGAAGGCGUAAGUUUGAUUUGAAAACACACCACUCUGAUGCCUACGCUAAUGAUCAAAUUUGGAUGGAAAAAAAGCCUGAUGAUAAAAUGUCAAAAGCCAACAGUGAGAAUCGGAAAAAGUUGAAGAAUCCACAUACUGUUGGCAAGAAAAGCUUUGCUUUAGUUCGCAAUGAUUUGGAAAAAGAGAGGGAAACUAAUGAUACUCCAUCACUGAAGGAAUUUUUUGUUGUUACAAGAAAAAGAAAGCCCAAUCGAUCAUACAAGGAUACAGAUGAAGAUAAAACUAGUAAAAUUGCUGAGAUGGAGAAUAUUGAAAUGCAACAAAAUGAAGAUGGUAAUGAGACAAUUGAUGCAUUUGCUUCUGUCAUGGGAUCAGAACAUCCAAGAUGUUUGAGAUUAUAUGGAAGAGGGGUUACAAAAACUACUUUGAAAGGGAAAGUGGGAAAUUUUGAAGCCUCAUCAAAUGCAACAAAUGACCUCGUGAAAAAGAUGGAAGACAGAAUGCUGAGAAUAGAGGAAAAAAUUGAGGAACAGAAGGAACAAUUUGACCAACAAAAGACCACGAUGAGACAAGAAAUUGUAGAAGAUGUCAUAACAAAACUUCAACGUUUAGGCCUACCAAUUGAUGUUAAUGUUUUGGCAACAUUACUUGAUGUUUCGUCAACACGAGAAACAAAUAUUCGGCCAAUCCAUCGUUCAUCUACCAGUAGCAACAAUCAAGGUCAGAAUCCUCCUCCUUCUUCUUCAUUUUCUUCUACUACUGCUUUUGCAGUUUCUUCUUCUUCAGUUGGUGUUAAUUCUUCUAAGUGUUUACUGGCUGCUAAACUGUCCUCAUCCGUGUACACUGUUAUAGCUAUAUUUUUCAAGUUGUUUCCUGAUAGGUUUGGCUCCUCCUCAUGA